GAGUAAACCCGCUGCUCCUUCCAUGGGACUUCCUGAAUGUCCAACGUUUGCUCCUAAUCAGCGCUACUUUGGAUAUUUAACGCUUUUAUUACCAGUUUAAACGUAUGACUUUAUUCGAUUUUGAGGCGUAGACGAGACGUUUAUUUCAGACGUAACUUGUACCGUGUUUUUUCCCGAUAUUUACGUAAGGUCAUUCGAGGACAAGACAGUAAAUGAAGUAAUUUGGCUUGCAUAAAUUUGCUUUUUUUUUUUUUUUUUUUUUUUUUUUUUUUUUUUUAGAAAUGUGCGAUGCGAGGAUAAUUUUAGUAUGCAGCAGGAGUCCCCAGCUCUCAGCUCUCCUCCUCUCAACUUCCAGCUCACUCAGAUCAGCUCUGAACCAGGACAACGUGACUCCAGAUCAGUCAAAAAAACACCCCGUUUGAGGGAGAGACAGUGGACGUCCCAGCCUCAAGGUGCCUCCAGAAUGCGGCCCGUGUUGAGCCUGUCCCUCUGCCUGCUCUUGUGCUUCGCUCUGGGCUUGGCCUGUGUGCUGUUGGCCUGCCUCUGGAGCUCCAGGUUCAGAGGAGGAUUCCAAUGGGAUGGAUCAGGGCUAGAGUUUAACUGGCACCCUGUACUCAUGACCUCAGGGUUGGUGGUUAUGUACGGCUAUGCGUCUGUGGUGUACCGUGUCCCUCUGACCUGGGGACGGUCUAAGCUGCCCUGGAAGCUGCUUCACUCUGGACUGAUGCUCCUGGCUCUGCUCCUGUCUGUGGUGGGGCUAUGUGCCGUCUUUGACGUCCACAACAAGAACAACAUUCCCAACCUCUACUCCCUCCACAGCUGGGUCGGACUCAGCGCCGUGCUCCUCUUUGCUGUACAGUGGGUGGCAGGCUUUGCUGGCUUCCUCCUGCCCUGCUCUCCUGUCUCCUUCAGAAAGCUGCUCAAACCUCUUCACGUGUGGCUUGGGGGCAGUAUCCUGAGCCUCAGCAUCGCAGCCUGUGUCUCUGGGAUCAAUGAAAAACUUAUCUUUGUCCUGAAAGGAGACAACCACACACAGCCGUACAGUAAACUCCCUCCUGAGGCCUUGUUUGCUAAUUCUUUGGGAGUUGUGAUCGUAGCGUUUGGUUUGGUGGUGCUGCGGAUUCUAAGCAACAAGAAAUGGCAAAGACCCGACCCCCAAGCCCAAGAUGCUGCUUAUACGCCUUUGAACCAAGAAGAAAAUGACUAACUGACCGUCCUGAGAUUGUCCAUUUAAAACCGCAGCACAACAGUGAAUGUUAUCGUGCACAGCUGUAUAAAUCAUAUGUAUAUUUGUUUAAGAUUAUAUUUACAUAUUUUUAUUUCAAUAAAUUACCGUAUGUUGAUGAC